GUCAGCCUGGCACAGGGAAGAAGGGGCAGCUCAUUCAACCAUUCCCCUACACAAAGCCCUGACAGGCAUCGGAAUAUGCCACGAUUCUUGGAGUUUGCAUGCAGGAUAGAAACAGCAGCUAAAGUAAGGAAAUCCAAGGCAUGGGCCCCAGGAAGAUGCACUAAAUGAGCCUCUCCAUCUUUCUACCUUCUUCUGCAGCGACCAGGAUGGAAAAACAGAUGUAAAGUCCCUCAUGGCGAAGUUCAACACAGGGAGUAGUAAUCCGACAGAGGAGGUUUCCAGCAGCAGCAGCAGCAGCAGGCCCUUCAAAGCUGCAGGACAGAACUCGCCUUCUGGAAUACAAUCAAGAAAGAAUUUAUUUGACAACCAAGGAAAUGCCAGCCCACCCGCAGGGCCCAGCAACAUGCCUAAAUUUGGGACCACAAAACCACCCUUGGCAGCGAAACCCACCUGUGAGGAGAAGCCCGAGAAGGAGCCUAAACCGCCAUUUUUAAAACCUACUGGAGUGAACCCCAGAUUUGGAACACAGCCAAACUCUGUUUCUAGAGACCCCGAGGUCAAAGUGGGGUUUCUGAAACCCGUAAGCCCCAAACCCACCAGCUUGACCAAAGAAGAUUCCAAACCUGUGGUUUUACGGCCUCCCGGGAAUAGGCUUCACAAUUUGAACCAAGAGUCUGACUUAAAGACGCUGGGACCAAAGCCAGGGCCUGCUCCCCCAGUCCCAGAAAACGAUCUGAAGCCAGGGUCGUCAAAGGUGGCCGGAGCUAAGAGCAAGUUCAUGGCAGCGGCACAAGACGCUGACUCCAAAGCCAGGCUUCCCAGACACACCUUUGGCCAAAAGCCGUCCCUAAGUACAGAGGACUUCCAGGAAGAGGAGAGCACCUCUAAGAAUGUCCAGAAGGGAUCCCCAGCACAGCUAGGGGCCAAGUCCAAGGGCGGGCCUUUCAAACCAGCUAAGGAAGACCCAGAGGAUAAAGACCAUGGAACACCAAGUUCGCCCUUUCCUGGAGUGGUUCUGAAACCUGCAGCAAGCAGAGGGACCCCGGGGCUCUCCAAAAACAUUGAAGAAAAAAAAGAAGAUAGGAAAACAGAUAUUACAAAGAACAUCUUUCUGAACAAACUGAAUCAGGAAGAGACAGCCAGAUUCCCUAAGGCUCCUUCCAAGCUGACAGCGGGGAAACCAUGGAACCAAAGUCAGGAGAAGGAAGGAGACAAGAAUUCAGCAACCCCAAAGCAGAAAUCCCUGCCUCCCCUGUCCGUCUUGGGCCAGCCUCCGUCCAAGCCCAGCAGACCACCCAACGUUGACCUGACCAGAUUCCGAAAAGCUGACUCCGCAAACAGUGCCAGCAAAAGCCAGACACCUUACUCGACGACUUCCCUGCCACCACCUCCGCCUACUCACCCAGCCAGCCAGCCGCCACUGCCAGCGUCUCAUCCGACACAUCCGCCAGUCCCCAGCCUGCCCCCCAGAAACAUUAAGCCUCCCCUUGACCUGAAACAUCCUAUAAAUGAGGAAAAUCAAGAUGGUGUCAUGCACUCUGAUGGUACUGGAAAUAUAGAAGAGGAACAAGAAAGUGAAGGAGAAACAUAUGAGGACAUAGAGUCCUCCAAGGAACGAGACAAGAAACGGGAAAAGGAGGAAAAGAAGAGGUUAGAGCUAGAACGGAAAGAACAGAAGGAGAGAGAGAAGAAAGAGCAAGAACUGAAGAAGAAAUUCAAGCUCACGGGCCCCAUUCAAGUCAUCCAUCAUGCAAAAGCCCGCUGCGACGUCAAAGGAGGAAAGAACGAACUGAGCUUCAAGCAAGGAGAGGACAUUGAAAUAAUCCGCAUCACGGACAACCCGGAAGGGAAAUGGCUGGGCAGGACUGCGAGGGGGUCAUAUGGUUAUAUUAAAACAACUGCUGUGGAGAUUGACUAUGAUUCACUGAAACGGAAAAAGGACUCUCUCAAUGCUGCCCCACCAAGACUUGUUGAAGAUGACCAAGAGGUCUACGAUGAUGUGGCUGAGCAAGAUGCCCCUAACAGCCACGGUCAGAGCGGAAGUGGAGGGAUGUUCCCACCACCACCACCAGAUGAUGAGAUCUAUGAUGGGAUAGAAGAGGAAGGUGCUGACGAUGGAUCCGUGCCGCAGGUUGACGAGAAGACCAACGCGUGGUCCUGGGGGAUUUUGAAGAUGUUAAAGGGGAAAGAUGACAGAAAGAAAAGCAUUCGAGAGAAACCUAAAGUCUCUGAGUCAGACAAUAAUGAAGGUCCAUCUUUCCCUUCUCCUCAUAAACAACUGGAUGUGGGAGAAGAGGUUUACGAUGAUGUGGAUGCCUCAGACUUCCCUCCUCCGCCUGCAGAAAUGAGUCAAGGAAGGGCAAAAACAGAAGAGAAAGAUCCCAAGAAGUUAAAAAAGCAAGAAAAGGAAGAAAAAGACCUCAGGAAAAAAUUUAAGUACGAUGGUGAAAUUCGAGUUCUAUAUUCAACUAAAGUGGCGCCCUCCUUAACUUCUAAAAAGUGGGGAGCGAGAGAUCUGCAGAUAAAACCAGGGGAGUCGCUCGAGGUUAUACAAAGCACAGAUGACACCAAAGUUCUCUGCAGGAAUGAAGAAGGCAAAUAUGGUUACGUCCUUCGGAGUUACCUGGUGGACAACGAUGGAGAAAUCUAUGAUGACAUUGCUGAUGGUUGCAUCUACGACAAUGACUAGCACUCCUCUCCGUUCAUUCCGCUGCACUUCUUAGUGGCCAACAUGAAUUUUAAUUGGAAUGUUCUUGGGUGUUAUAGGAAAAAAUGAAUGUACAAAACGAAAUGUCAAUCUCUCUAUAAAGUUUUGAAAUUUUAAACCUGGAAAAUGAACUCUGUUUAAUAUGUCAGAAGAUCAGUAAUGAGAUAGAAGAGUAAAUAUCUUCUUUUUUCUUUCCUUCUUUCCUUCUUCUUCUCCUCCUCUUCCUCUUCUUCCUCCUCUUCCUCUUCCUCCUCCUGCUCCUCCUCCUCCUCUUCUUCUUCUCCUCUUCCUCCUCCUCCUCUUCUUCUUCUCCUCUUCCUCCUCCUCCUCUUCCUCCUCUUCCUCCUCUUACUCUUCCUUCUCCUCCUGCUCUUCCUCCUGCUCCUUCUCCUCCUCCUCCUUCUCCUCCUCCUCCUCCUCCUCCUCCUCCUCCCCCUCGUCCUCCUCCUCCUCCUCGUCCUCCUCCUCCAGGGUUUCUUACUGUGCAGUUCAGGCCUUCUUCCUGCCUCAGCCUCCAAAGCACUGAGAUAACUGACCUGAGCCACCACCCCUGGCUUAAGGAUCUCAUUUUGCUUCAUCUGGGCACUUCUCUUAGACCUACAGUAGGGAAUCUCCUCUACCAUACGCUCUUUAAGGAAAUAAAGAAUAUAAAGAAGGAAUUUCCAAUCCACAGUCUUCACUUGUCAUCACCUCUUCAGAUUACCUACCCCAAAAAAGGUUCAGAUUACCUCUUCAGCUAGCUCCUCUCCUGCCUAAAAGACUAGAGUACGGGCAGAACAUUUAUAUCAAAUUGCCUCCCCAUUAUUCACUGUGAAAUUAUAUGUUAAUUAUUUGAUAAGCAUGCUUUCUGCUCUGUAUGCACAUCUAAGGUUAACCUGUGUACAGGAGUCUAAAAUCUUAUUUUUGUGAAUGUGUAUGCACAUCAUUGAAUUCUGUGCUCUUCUAAAUACCAUCCUUACCUAGAGAUGUGGAGAAGGCUACCUGGUAAUUGUGAACACUGCAAGAAAGAACCCUGAAACUCACUCUCCCUUUACAGUGAGCUUUACUGUGGAGUCUCUUGGAAAGGGUUUUGUGUUUUGCUGUCAAUUACUUCUGCAGAACUUUGUGAUGUUUAUAACCACUUUACUAGAAAGGGGGAACACUAGGCAAGAAAUCCCAGUGCUUAGCCUGGGUGCUCCCCACUGAGACCUGUUCCUCACCACCUCUCUCAGGCUGAAAAGCACUGGCUUUUGUAUGCUAAAACACUAAGCACCAUGAUCCAAAACAGAACACCGCAACAUCCAAGAAGGCAACAGAUGAGGUCAUGCUGUUUUGAAAUUACUGAAUCCUGACGCUGGUUCUAUUAUUGUCCAUGCUACAACCUUGGCAGUAAUCAUCAUCCUUCCAGUGUUCUUGUAAAAUAGGAGUCAACUAGCUUUGUCCCAGCAUUUUUUCUGCUACCAACUUCAAGUUUGUACACUCCCUCCAUCUCAGAUGCACAUGUCAGAAGUUCUUUUCUUUCUAUUUGAAAUCAUUGAUUAAAUAAUGAUUGAUACGUAUAUAUUACCAAUUUACAUAUAUCAACUUGCAUAUAAUUUAUAUUAUAUGUAUCAAUUUGCAUGUAGGUAUGCAAUUAUAUUAUAUGUGUAAGUUGCAAAGAUCCAUUGUAGUUUUUGAAGAGUAACCUCAUUAAUUUUUUUCCUUAAAAGUCAAAAACUGUAUGGGAUAGAGAAAUAACUCAGUUGGUAAAAGUGUUUGCUGGCAAGCUUGAAGACAGAAUUCAAGCCUCAAAUCCCUGGUGAAAACCAUAUGUGGAGAUGAGCACUUGCAAUUUCAGUGCUGAGGAAGCAAAGAUGGGAGGUUCCUGUGGAUCAAUGGACACCCUGUCUAUCCUAAUUGGUGUGUCCCACACCAAUGACAGACAUCUCCAAGGAGAUGAACAGCAACGAAGGAAUACAAGCUAAGGUGUCCUUUGAACCCUACACAUAUAUGUCCUCUCGCAUAUAGGAACAUGUGCAUACAGAUUGAAAAAAAUCUGUAAAAUAGCCCAAAGCCUUCAAAUGGUCAGGGUUUCUAUUAAAUUUUGUUUUGUUUUUGUGUUUUGUUUUUUUGAAACAAGGUUUCCCUGUGUAACCCUAACUGUUCUGAAACUUGCUCUGUAGACCAAGCUGGCCUCGAACUAACAGAGAUCUACCUGCCUCUGCCUCCAUAGUGGUGGGGCUGAAGGUGUGCUACUGCCCAGCCAAGUGUUUUAAAAUUUUAAAGACUGUCAGAGGUGUCUACAGUUCAAUUUACAGGAUAUGGGCCUUGAGUCUCCUGGGUCGAGAAUUACUCAUCUCAACUGGUCUCUGAUUAGGAAGUAGUUUGGCAGUAUUAGGCAUCAUGAACCCUUGUGAUAAACUUCUUUUAUCACUAGAUACAAAUUACGUGGCUCAAAACUGGUCAUUUGGUAACUUUGGCAUCAAAUAUAAAUUAUAUGCUACCUGCCUUUCCAGUAAUUUUCCCUGAUUAAGAUUAGCACAAUUCAAUGCUAAAAUCCCAAAUUAGAUCAAGAGACUAUUUCAGCUUUGAUGUAUAGUCAAGGAAAUGGACAGAUACCUAUGAGAGAUUUGUGUAAUAAUUAUGUAAUAUAUAUUUGAAGUGUUCGUUUUAAUAUACUGAAUGUGAUUUUGUUGUAGAUCAUGUGUGGAAUUUUGUCCUGUGAGAAGAGCUGGCAAUAAAAUGCUUUUUCAGGAGGUGA